AUGUCUGGAAACCCCCUCGAGACAUUCGAAACCAACCCUGGAUACCUCGGACAGGGCAUCUACAUCCAGAAGGAUACCACCGUCACGGAGGAGAUCUACGUUUCUGUGACCAAGACCGACGUGAACAACGGAAAAUCCGCCUGGUACGAGCCCGGAGAAGACGUCGGUAUCACUUGGAAGCCCCUUACCAACAAAGCUACCGACAACGAGCACGUCCGCCGCAACGGGGGCUAUGAGAUCGUCUCUUUCAAGGAUGCCAAAGAUACUCAGCGCAAGGCGCUCUACCUCAGCAUGGCCGCGGUAUCGUCGUUCAGGUUGUCCCCCAAUCGUCUUGAAGGCUCUUCGCCCGAUCGCUAA